AUGUGCACAUGUGCGCGCGGCUGGUUGGCUGUGCUUGCCGUGCUGAGCACGCCUCUCGGAUGCCAUGGUGAAGACGAAUCGCUGCCCACGCGCAUCGCGUCCUUCAUGGUGAUUGGUGAUUGGGGUUGGGAUCGGGUCGCGCACGGGAAUGUGCAAUCCAGCAAUUGUCAGAGGAUCAUCGCCAACCGCAUGCACCAAGAGUUCAACGACCUCGGGGAUGUCAAGUUUGUGAUAAAUGUCGGCGACUCGUUCUACCCAGGCGGCGUUUCGAGCAAACAGGACCAACAGUGGCACAGCAAGUGGCGCAGCAGGUACUCCCCAAGCCUGAGGAGCGUGCCGUGGUACAGCGUCUACGGCAACCACGACAUGCUUUAUGAUCCAGGUGCCUGCAGCAGUGAAGAGGACAAGGCGGCACAGAUCAACUACGAUGUAGCAGACCUGGACCACUUUUUCAUGCCUGGCUUUUCCUGGUAUUUCCAGCACGAGGAUUUGGAUUUGGAAGUCUUGGCCCUCGACUUGAAUUCCUUGUGGGUGAACCACACCUGCCCGCACACGCCCUGCGAAGCAGAUUGCCGAGACAAGGUCGAAGAGCGGGCGAAAGCGGCCCUGGAACUCUUCAAUCAGAGGAUGGAGACAAGCAACGCUUCCAACCUCCUCGUCUUUUCGCACUACCCGACGGACUACCUAUGGGGCAUGCCGGAGGUGUUGGGAAACCUCAGCAACGGGACUCGCCCUGGAGGCCUUCCAAGGCACGUGGAAUAUUUCGGAGGGCAUCGGCACAACGUUGACCAGGAGUCGACUACGUCCAUCUACCCCAACAACAACUGGCUUGUGGGAGGGGGAGGUGGCUGGUCAUGUGACGGAAGAGAGCAAGGCUUUGUGGUGGGUGAGAUUUUGUCGGACGGGAGCAUUGUGACUCGACCAGUUUUGGUGGAUUAUUGCAGCUGUUGUGGCUGCGGCUAUUGGUGGUGGCGGCCCUAA